UGUCAGUGGAAUUAAUAUAUUGUUAUUGGCGCGUUAGUUAAACCCAUCGCAAAGAAUAUCAUUGUUGUAACCCUUCAUUAAACAAUUAAUAAUUAACACGCUAUCUCUAAAAAGAAAUUUUUAAUAAAUUAAUUUUUUUUUAAUAAAAUGCAAGCAUUCUUGAAAACCGGCAAAACUACAGUCUCUGAUAAAACACAAGCCAGCACAAGUGGUGCCGGUGGGCCUAGCGCUGAACGCCGCAAACCUCCAGCGCCUUGGGUAGAAAAAUAUCGCCCGAAGAGCGUAGACGAUGUCGUCGAACAGUCAGAAGUAGUUGCAGUCUUACGAAAAUGUGUGGAAGGAGCCGAUUUGCCUAAUAUGCUUUUAUACGGACCACCCGGGACAGGUAAAACUAGUACUAUUCUAGCAGCUGCACGACAAAUUUUCGGUGAUAUUUAUCGCGAGCGCAUACUGGAAUUAAAUGCGUCCGAUGAGCGUGGAAUUGCAGUUGUACGUACAAAAAUCAAGAAUUUCGCUCAACUGACAGCCAGUAGUACACGGCCAGAUGGACGAUCAUGUCCACCAUUUAAAAUUAUCAUUCUGGAUGAAGCAGAUUCUAUGACACACGCAGCCCAGGCAGCUUUGCGCCGUACUAUGGAAAAGGAGAGUCGUAGCACACGUUUUUGUUUGGUGUGCAAUUACGUAUCACGUAUCAUUGAACCAAUCACCUCACGUUGUACCAAAUUCCGUUUUAAGGCUUUGGGUGAUGAGCAAAUUAUAGUUCGUUUACGUCAUAUAUGUGAAAUAGAAAGUGUUAAUAUCGAUGAAAAUGCUUACAAGUCGAUUGUAGAAAUAUCUGGUGGUGAUAUGAGACGCGCUAUAACUACUCUACAAUCAUGCUAUCGUUUAAAGGGGGCAUCAAAUACAAUUAGUACAGAGGAUCUGCUAGAAAUGUCUGGUAUUAUACCAGAAAAUUAUUUGAUCGAAUUUUUAGAGGUAUGCCAAGCUGGCAAUUAUUCGAAAUUAGAAGAGUUUGUGCGACAAAUAGGCUAUGAAGCAUACAGUAUUGGUCAAAUGCUGGAACAAUUCAAUGAACAUGUGCUGAGAUGUCCCUCGUUAACUAAUAAACAAAAGGCUCUAAUCUGUGAUAAACUUGGCGAGUGCUCGUUCAGACUACAGGACGGUGGCUCAGAAUAUUUACAGAUUAUGGACUUGGGUUGUGCGAUAAUAUUAGCACUAAAAUAAAAAUAAACAUUCUUUAUCUUAUAUAAGCAAAGUCUAAUCAACUUUAAUUGAAUUAUGAAAUUUGUAUUCAAAUAAAAUGUAAUGCAAAGGCAUUUAAACUAGUGUACAACUUCGAA